AUGUUUAUAUGGGCGCAAUAUCAUAAUGAUCCUGGUGGUUUUUAUCUUAAAAAUAUUGAUCCAAAUUUUUGUGCACAUUACAAAUAUAUAAAACUUCGUGAUGAUAUUUUAAUUAUUGGUUAUGAUAAUUUAACAUUAAGUAAUGAUUGAUAUCAUACUGAUCUUGAAUAUAUAACAAAUAUUGGUUUAUAUGAUAAAAUUAUAAAACAAAUGAAAAGAAAAAAACAAAAUGAAAAAUGACGAAUCAAAAUAUGAAAUGUUUACAAAUCGAUGGACGACAAGUAUAAUGUUAAUUCAUAUUUUUUAAAAUAUUUUAUUUUUAUAUUCAAUAUGAUAUUUGAUGAUGGGCAAUUUAGUGUUCUAUUAGAUGAUGGUACUACUAAUGCAUUAAUAUAAGAUAACAGUAAAUAAAUAUGAUUAACAUAAAAAAAGAAAAUUGUUUUAUUUUAAAAACAAGUAAGUUCUUUCUGCUAUUAAUCAAAUUCUUCAACAAAUUGAUGACGUUCUUCGUAUGAACGGUUGUUUUAUAUGUAUAACAUUUGCUCAAAAACAUAUGCUUAAUUAUAUAUUACAAUAUUUGUUUAAUAACAAGUAUGAUAGUAGUUUGAGAAAUAAAAUAUGUUAAAAAUAAACAUUCUUUCGAUCAUGACUUCUUUAUUAUCAUCAUAUUCAUACAAGAAAAUCAUUUGUGUUAUCUGCAUUUGUAUUUGUUUUUACAAAAAUAACAAUGAAAAAUCCAGUAUGUUGAAGUUAAUUAUAUAGACCAUACUGUUUAUUAAUAUAAAAUAUUCUUAAAAAUUUAAUAAAUCAAGAGAAAAAUUUUUAGAAAAUUUUAAAGACAUUUUCACUUUUUAUAAGCAAAAUUUUGCCAUAACUUGCCACUAGAAGCUCGUAGCUUUAAGGAGGCUUCGCUAUGAGACUGUUUUCCUGAUUUUUUAAUAGCGACCUGAUUUUCCUGUUUUUGAUUGAAAAUCGUGAUUUUAUCCUAACUUUUUAUGAUUCAUCUCUAUAGAACUAAAUUUACACAAUUAUGACGCGUUCUUUUUUUAUACUAACACGGAAACAUUUUCAACUGUCCAAUCGCUUUUGAGUUCGAAUUCUGCGCACGAGGUAGAUCGCAGUAAGAUGCGAAAAAUUUCACAAGGAUAAGUACCCAUGGAUAUUUUGUCCAGUGUUAUAAGGAUUUUACUGGAAUUUUAGUCUGUGGCACGGUAUAUACCAUUAGAUCGAAUGACGAUAUUUUGACCUGAAAUUGUUUCUACAGAUAGAUCCAUUUAUGAGUAGAAUGAACUUAAAAUUUCAACUAAAAAAUAUUUUCUUUCCGAGAUGUUAAACUCCUCAAAAUCACUGCUAUCCCACCCACGAUACUACAAUUUUCUGUUUUUUUUUGCAGUUUAAUAUUGAGAGAAGAAAAAAUUAUUUUGAGUUAAAAUGUUUCAGAUAUUCUACUCAUAAACAGACCUAUCUGUAAAGAGAAUUUUAGGUUGAAAUACCGUCAUUCGAUUUAUUGGUAUAUACCAUGUCAUAGACUAAAAUUCCAGUAAAACGCUUAUAGCUUUAGAUGGAAGGCCUAUGGGUACUAUCAUUUUUGAAAUUUUUCAUAUAUCACUGGGGGGGGGGGGGGGGGGUCUAGCUAGUGAACAGAAUCCAAACUCAGCAACGAUUUGGCAGUUGAAAACUUUCCCUCGUAAGAUCAUCUCUAUUAUACACAAUACAUUAGAAUGAAUUAGCUAUUUUGCCUUUUUAUAAGCCAUCGAGAACAAAUUCAAUUGAUAUUUUCUAAUCUAAGCAACCAUUUUGAAUAAAAUUCGGUGCUUUUCGACAUUUGAGAAGAUCUAAUUCAAAAGGAUAGAUCUUCCAGAGAUAAAUGUUUAUAACAUUGUAUUAGUUUAAUAUAUGGAGUGGAACACAAACUAAACUAAACAAUAAGAAAGAAAGUACGAAAAGAAUGAAGCACGAUUAAUAGUGUGUAUCUAAAGAAUAUCACUUCGUUGUAGAACAUAUUCCUUCUCAAUUAGUUAUGACAUUUAUUGAAGCAACAUAAUAUGUUUUAGUUUCAAUUAAUCAUCAGUACUUCAUACAUUUUUAUGCAGAUUUGCUUCUAAAUAGCAAUAUCAGAAUAAAUUUUACGAUGUUCUGAUUUUUACCAAAAUUCUUAAGUUUUUCUUGAAUAUUCUUCUGUCUGUUUUCCUCAUUUCGACACAUAGGGCGUUGUGAAACCUGUUUUAGAUUUUCUUUAGUCAUACAGAAAGCAAUCUACAUCGUACUGCAUCAUUUCUCGUUAUUAGUACAGUUUCUUAUUGAAUCUUAUCAAGAUGAUUGACCAUUUUUUUCAAUAGUAUUACAUAUCUCCAAACUCAUAUUUUCUGAAGGUUAUUUUUUAUUAUUCGACGUUGUUAGAAAAAGAGAUUAUCGAAUAAUAAAUUAUUGAAUAUAGAGCAGUAAAUGCUGAAGAGAAAAACAGUGAAAUUAAGAACAUUGAAUAGAAAAAUUUGAAAGAAAAAUCUCAAAAAGGCGAAUGGCAAAAAUAAAGUUUUUGCUGUUCCAUGAAUAUUCAUGAAAAGAAAUAUUUUAUAUAUAAGAAAGAUCGAACAGUGCAAGUCGCCGUUUCGGAUAGGAUUUAUAGCAGGUUGUAGAGUUCGACACUAUCCUCAUGAUGAUAUUAAACGUUCAUUCUCAUAGAUUAUCUUUGAGAAAUUAGAAAAAUUUCAACUUCAGAAAUGUCGUUCGUUGAGAAAGGACGGAACCGAAUAUGCUAGCAAAAUUGGUCCUAUUUAAAAUUUCUUUCGUUUUUCUUCAUUAUUCAAGUAGACUCUGAAGCCAUAUCUUGUGUAUAGAUCACUCUAAGUGUGUCCUAACAAAGUGCAAAGACAAGAAGACUUGAAAUGUUUGAUCAAUAUCUUUUAAUAAAGCCACAAUGGUAUUUCUAUACCAAUACUUUUGAGUUUUUUAAAAGGUAUUGAUCAAACAUUUCAAAUCUUCUUGUCUUUGCACUUUGUUAGGGCAUACUUAGAGCGAUCUAUGAAUUAAAAAUGGCGUCGGGAUCUGUUCAAAUAAUGAAGAAAAGGAAUACAAUUUAAGGUAAAGAGAAGGGAAAUUUUUUAUAAUUUUCAAAUAGGGCCAAUUUUGCUAGCAUAUCCACCUGUGCUUUGAUUUUUAUAAUGCAGCGUUCAAAACUUUAGCAAUGGAUACGUUAGGAGCGCUAAUUAUAUCUGUAGUUUGAAUAACUCAAUACAGUAGAUGUAUGAAAUUGAACUAACCUCUGUUGCAAAAGUCUUUAGACAAAAUGUCUAUUCAUUUUUCAGCCGCCUAAACGUCAUUAAUGAGAAUCAAAAGUAGUUAGCUAAAAUCAGAUUUUUGUGCUCUUUUCGAAUAUCUGAUCAGAAUAUUUCACUGACUCAAUAUUGACUAGGGACAAGCCAAAUGUUUGACAGAGUCGAAAAUGAUGUUCGUACAGAAUUUUAUUGGAUGUAUUUUUGUAUUUUGAUCGAUAUCUACUCUACGCAAAACAUGAAAGAUAUUUUCAUCAGCCAAUUUUAUAAAGCGAAGUUUGCUCUACAAACUAUGCUAUUUAGUUUGGUUUUCUAUCUCGAAACAAAUACAUGCAAUCUGUUGUAUUAUAAAUAGAAGAUCUUGGAAAACUGACUUUUUGGCAGGAUUCUAUUUUACAUACCAAUCAGCUCUCAGAAAAACGUCUACAACCUUUUAUUCAUUUGAGUUGAAGCCUAUUGUCAUAUAUGGUUUUAUAGAGAAUUGAAUGCUCUACAAAUUGCAAAUUUCGAACUGCUUCAAAAUCCAACUUCCAUAAGUAAUGAAUAGCGGGAAAACAUGUGUUUUCUUCAUCGAGAUGUCAUUCUUCGCCUCUUUCAAGUAUUAACUUACAGCUAACCAAUCUUAAGCUAAAGAGAUAUCCUGAACACAUAUCAGAAAAGAGCAGAUAAGACUGACUCUAAGGAUCUACUUUUGGUUCGUAUCAAAUACUUUUAGCGGCUGAAAGAUGAACAAACAUUUGCAGAAUGACUUUUUUGUACAGACAUCAUUUUUCACUCUGUCAAACAUUUGGCCCAUUUCUAAUCAAUGUUAAGUCAGAGAAAUAUUCUGAUCAGAUAUUCGGAAAGAGCACAAAAAUCUGAUUUUAGCUAACUGCUUUUGAUUCUCACCAAUGACCUUUAGGCAACUGAAAAAUGAAUAAACAUUUUGUCUAAAGACUUUUGCAACAGAGGUUAUUUUGGUAAAAUUUUUUAAGAAUACAAUUGAUGAUAUAUCUCAAG